CGCCCGGAGCACCCAGCCAAGGCUUGACGUUUUAAAGGGAGCCCUGAGCGCGUCGCUGCUUCCUCAGAAUUUACGGAGUCCGAGAAAGGGAGAAGCGGCCAAGAGUCGCGGCGGGCUCUCACUGCCCCCUUUUUUCUUCCCUGAGCGGACUGUACAAUCCUCGGCAGUGUCCUGAGACUGUAUGGUCAGCUCAGGGACGGCUCGGUUCGGAGAGCAACCUGCUUUGGCGAUCUUGGUCCUUCUGCUCCGCGUCUGAAUUGCGCCGAGAGAGCGCCUAGCCCCGGGGGCCCUUUGGCGGCGAGGAAUCUUAAGCGCGGGGAAGGCAGAAGCGGCGUAAAGGGCGAGCGAAGCCACCCCAAGGCCAGCGCCUAUCAAAGGCCUUCAGGGACCUUCCCACCCACUGAAGCCAGCCUGUCCCCCACCACCACCACCACCACCACGCCCCGCCGCCUGGAUCUCGGUGAGCCCGGGCUGCCCUUAGCUCAGCCGGACGCCCAAGGGAGUCUUCGUCGCCUUCGUCUCCUGGCGGUUUGGGUUAAAGCAACGAGCCGGGAAAAGAGUGAAGGGAGCGGCAGAGACGCCCAGAAUGACAGCUGAGAAGGAAAAAAAGAGGCAGCAGCAAAAACCCUGCUGGGAGGGGGAGGGUACUUGUAAGCCCGCCCCCAGAGUUACAUUGAGGAGCAGUUCUGAAAGAAGGAAAGAGAAAUCAAGGGAUGCAGCAAGAUGUAGAAGAAGCAAAGAAACUGAAGUAUUCUAUGAGUUGGCCCAUGAGCUACCAUUGCCUCACAACAUUAGCUCACAUCUGGACAAAGCAUCUAUUAUGAGGCUUGCAAUCAGUUUCUUACGGACACACAAGCUGUUGUCUUCAGUCUGCACCCACAAUGAGAGAGAAAUUGAGACAGAUCAACAGCUGGAUAACUUGUACCUGAAAGCUUUAGAGGGUUUUAUCACUGUCAUCACACAAGAUGGAGACAUGAUCUUUUUGUCUGAAAACAUCAGCAAAUACAUGGGGUUGACACAGGUGGAAUUGACUGGGCACAGCAUUUUUGAUUUCACUCACCCAUGUGAUCAUGAAGAAAUUCGGGAAAAUCUAAGCUUGAAAAAUGGUCCAGGUUGUGGGAAAAAAAAUAAAGAGAUGUCCCUGGAACGUGACUUCUUCAUGAGAAUGAAAUGCACUGUUACCAACAGGGGCAGAACUGUAAAUCUCAAAUCUGCCACAUGGAAGGUUUUGCACUGCACAGGACAAAUUAAGGUCUAUAAUACGUGUCCUCCUCAUGCUCUGUGUGGUUUUAAAGAGCCGCUAUUAUCCUGCCUUGUUCUGAUGUGUGAGCCCAUUCAGCAUCCUUCCAAUACUGAUAUUCCACUGGACAGCAAGACUUUCCUGAGCCGUCAUAGCAUGGACAUGAAAUUUACUUACUGUGAUGACAGGAUAACGGAAUUAGUUGGAUAUCAUCCUGAUGAGCUGCUGGGCCGUUCUGCGUAUGAAUUCUAUCAUGCACUGGAUUCUGAGAGCAUGACCAAAAGUCAUCAGAACUUAUGUGGAAAAGGUCAAGUGAUUACAGCACAGUAUCGCAUGCUUGCCAAGCAUGGUGGCUAUGUGUGGCUUGAGACCCAAGGAACAGUCAUCUACAAUACUCGGAACUUGCAGCCUCAGUGCAUAAUUUGUGUUAACUAUGUUCUAAGUGAAAUAGAGAACAACGACAUUGUAUUUUCCAUGGAUCAGACAGAAUCACUUUUUAAGCCUCAUAUGAUGGCCAUGAAUUCUAUAUAUGACCAUGGAAUUCCAGUGGCUGAUAAGAGUGACUUCUUAUUCACCAAGCUGAAGGAAGAACCAGAAGAACUUGCUCAGUUGGCACCAACACCAGGCGAUGCAAUUAUUUCUCUUGACUUUGGAACGCAAAAGUUUGAGGAAAUUCCUAUCUACAACAAAGCUGUGAUGACUCCAAACACUCAGUGGGUUCCAGAAGGGAAGAACCAGGCAUCCCAGAGUGAAAAGCUGACCGUGCCAUCAUUUACCUUGCCUCAAGCGGCACCUGGCAGCAGUACCCCCAGUGCAAGCAGCAACAGCAGCUGUUCCACCCCAAGUAGCCCAGGAGAUUAUUACACUUCUUUAGAUGAAGACCUGAAGAUAGAGAUGAUUGAGAAGCUUUUUGCCAUGGACACAGAUGCCAAGAAUCAAUGCAGCUCACAGAGUGACUUCAAUGAAUUGGAUCUUGAAACUUUGGCUCCUUAUAUUCCCAUGGAUGGAGAAGAUUUCCAGCUGAGCCCUAUCUGUCAAGAGGAGCGUCCUCUGUGUGAAAGUGUCCAGCUUCCCCAGCACAGCUUAAGUAAUAUGAACAGUCUCUUCCAACCACUUGCUCCCUCUUCCCAAAGCGACUUCCUGACAGAGAAAUAUUGCCAGCCAGGAUCUGACAAAAGCAUGCCACCAGGCCAAGGGACUCUGCCACUGGCAUUCUUCAACCAUGGGAGUCAAUCAUCUUCAUUCUUGCUGCCCUACUAUGCACAGGCCAACACUCCACUGUCUUCAAUGGGUGGGAGACCAAAUACACAGUGGCCACCUGACCCACCAUUACAGUAUGUGCCAACAAAAUGGAGAGGAAUCAGCCAUGAGUCUCUAACAAGUUCUGCAUCAGACUCUCCAUCACUGCAUUUGCCCAGCAUAAGCACAGAUAGGAAAAGAUCACUGGAAAGUUUUGGGCAGCGUGGCAUAGAUAUAAAUCCAGCCCGAAUAGCUCUUGCCAACAGUCUGAAGUUGAAGCGGCAGUUAGAUUAUGAGGACCAAACGUUUCAACAUCUGAAUGGGAUACAAGAUGACAUAUCCGGCCUUAAUCCAACCCACUUAAUGUUGAAAAGAAUGAAAAUUCUCAGAAGUGAAAACUGUGCAUUGCUUUCAGAAAAGAAGUCACUCAGCACAAGUGUCCUUAAUGAUAAAUUUCUUUAUAACCUACAAAGAGGCUCAGGCCAGCCAGCACAUGUGAUGCAGCAACAACAGCAAGAUCUACCCCUGUCCUCUGGCAACUCUGCAAAUAAUUCCAAAGCUGUGUACUCGCCACCUUUUUACAAAACCCCAUAUCAGGACUUCAGUGUAUCGCAAGCUCAUAGGAUGUCAGGAGUUGCAAGUCGUCUGCUCGGGCCUUCUUUUGAACCUUAUUUGUUGCCAGAAUUAACCCGAUAUGACUGUGAGGUUAACAUCCCGGUGAUGGGCAGUUCGACACUUCUGCAGGGAGGUGACUUGCUUCAAGCUCUUGACCAAGCCACUUGAGCAAAUCUGGGUGCUCCCCCCCGGGGCUGAUACUGUUCCAAGCAGCUGCAGUUUUAAAAUAUAUUUUUGCAAGUAGACAAUUUCUAAUACCAAUUUACAUUUUUACAAGAUUUUACUUACUUGUUGAACUUGUCCACUUUACCAAAUAGUGGCCUUUCUGAAAAGUUAACUCACUUUCUUAUUUGCUUUAAAAGAAGUAUGCAUCUACUGUAUUUUUCCUUUUAUUCCAAUAGUGUUCCUUAGAAAAUUUAUAUUAUAUUAUUCCCCUUUGCUGUGUGUAAUUUAUAUGUUCUGAAAUUUCCUCAAUAUUCAUGCUAAUU